AUGUUCACACUCGCUAAUACUAAGCCCUCGUUCUUCGGACAUUUUGUGGCGGUUCAAGUUACUUCGUCAUCAAUACUCGCGGCAGAUGCGCCUGUUUUCGGUUUAUCAAAUGCUCCAAGCGUCGCUGACAAGGAUCUGUCUAGACUAGACGAAUUAAAUGCUGAAUUGAAAAGACUGGUUAACUAUUCUAAGCCAGUUGACGUGAACGCGCAUUGCAGGAACUUUAUAAUUGAGAAUGUAAGACCGAAUGAAGAGACCUAUAGCCUAUUGCUUAGCAUGAAUGAGCGAUACGGAUGGAUUACAGAAUCGUUAGAGCUGUUCGAAGAUAUGCGCCGUAGUGGACUAAGACCCAGUUUGGAGACAUAUCACACUCUUCUACGGACCGUCGCCAAGUCCCGUCCAAAGUACCCCAAAUUACGCGAAAAUAUAAUGGAAGAUUUAAAAAAUGACGGCUUUGAACCCACGGCAACCACCUUUGAGCAUUACGUCUCGGCAUUAGUAGCUCAUGGAGAACUCGAACACGCUGCUGAUGUGUUAGAGAUGAUGGAAAAAAAUGAAAUUACGCCAACAAUGCUCACAUACGCAACUAUACUUCAGUCUGCCACGGCUUUUAACGAAGCGGUGUUUGCUGGCGAACUUUUACAAAAAAUGGAAAAAGUGCAUCAUCCAUUGUCUUCUGCUCUCUACAUCGACGUGUUGCGUUUGAGUACUUUAGAAAAAAAACCUUUAUUAGUUGAGCAUUGCUGGAAGAAGGCGAUCGAGUUUAAGGGAGACGUCGAUGACGGUCUAUGCGCUUACAUUCUUCAACUUGCUGGUCGCACUGGAAACACAAGCCUGGCUACAUCAGUUGCAAAGUAUCUCAUUGAUAAAGAAGCCCCUCUUGAUGAACAUCAUUAUGCAUCUCUCAUAGCUGCCUUUGCUCGUAAUGGCAAAAUACGCGAAGCUGUUCUUGCGCUCGGCAUUAUGCGGAAUCGUGGAAUAGCACCCAACGAAUACACCUCCGAAGGCAUAACGGAUUUCGCUCAAUAUUCACAUGUGCGUGUCCAAGAAGCACUUCUAUUGUUAAGGGACUUGCACGACCAGAAACAUUUUGUCGAUAUCGAAGCAAUAAACGCGCUUAUUCGUGCUUGCAAAGUCCUCACAAAAAGGGAUGGCCCGAAGAAGGGGAAAUUCAUGGCCGGUACUAUGGCUGAUGUUGACUUUGCCGACAUAAUUUAUCGCACGGCAAGUGAAUUGGACCUCACGCCAGAUACAAACACCCUUAAUGCACUACUCCAUGUAUUGACGCGUACAGGAAAUCUCUAUAUGGCGGAGUCAUAUUUAAAUGAUUUUCAGGCAAAAGGGGUCGAAUUCAAUGUUGUUACUUAUAGCAGAAUGAUAGAAAUAAUGUGUAUGCAAAUAAAUUAUGAAAAAGCUUUUGUUUAUCUUGAAGAAAUGAAGAAAAAAAAUAUAGUGCCACCAGCAAAUGUAUACCGUCAUAUUAUUCGCAAGUGUGCAUAUAAUAAUGAUCCACGCGCAAGCAUUGCUAUUCAAGAAAUGGAAAGUCUAGGAUACAAAGCAACAUCUGAUCUGUUAAGCUUUACCCAAGCGGAGACGAAACACGAAAUCAAAGGCCUUUCUCGACGUAGUAGGAUGUCAGAUCAAAGACAGGAACGUGUUCUCUGGGGCGUUGAUGUCGACGAACCUCGCAAAGAAGACGUUUAUGUUGCAGACGAUGAAACUAUUGGAGCAGAGGCGCAUAUGGCAAAUCAGAUGGAUCAUGAACCAUCAAGAGAAAAGAGAAGGCAAAAGAGUCGAAACGAUCAUGAGAAAUUGUUGGCUUUAUUCGAAGGAUGGAAUUAG